AUGGCUCCUCAAAGAUGGAAUUCAAGCUCAAGAUCUUCAUGGGGGCCGCAAGGUAGUAAGAACUCGAUAAACAAAAAGAGAGAAAGAGACAUGGAGGAACUAAAGAAGGAAGUGGCCCUGGAUGACCACAAAUUAACCUUGGAAGAGCUGAGCGCCAAGUAUUCUGUGGACCUGACCCAGGGCCAUAGCCCAGAAAGGGCAAGAGAAAUCCUCCUGCAAGAAGGGCCCAAUACACUGACCCCGCCCCCCAGCACUCCAGAGUGGAUCAAAUUCUUAAGACUACUGUUUGGUGGCUUCUCCCUCCUGCUGUGGACUGGUGCCAUUCUCUGCUUCUUGGCCUAUGGAGUCCAGCACCAUAUUAAGGAAGAACCAACCAGAGAUAAUCUAUACCUGGGCAUCGUACUAACUGCUGUGGUCAUCAUCACCGGUUGCUUCUCCUAUUAUCAGGAAGCCAAAAGCUCCAAGAUUAUGGAGUCAUUUAAGGAUAUGUUGCCACAGCAAGCUCUGGUAAUUCGAGGAGGAGAACCGAUCCAAAUCAAUGUAAAAGAUGUGGUAUUGGGAGACCUAGUGGAAGUGAAGGGUGGAGACCGAAUCCCUGCUGACCUCCGGCUUAUCUUUGCACAAGGGUGUAAGGUGGACAAUUCAUCCUUGACUGGGGAGUCUGAGCCCCAAAGUCGCUCUGCUGACCUCACUCAUGAGAACCCUCUGGAGACCCGAAAUAUCUGCUUCUUCUCCACCAACUGUGUAGAAGGAACAGCCCGGGGCAUUGUGAUUGCUACGGGAGAUGCCACUGUGAUGGGCCGAAUCGCUUCCCUGACGUCAAGUCUGAAGAGUGGAAAGACUCCCAUUGCUCUGGAGAUUGAACACUUCAUCCAGCUGAUCACAGGAUUCGCCACCUUCCUUGGAGUCACUUUUUUCAUCCUCUCACUUUGUUUGGGCUAUAACUGGCUGGAAUCAGUCGUUUUUCUGAUUGGCAUCAUCGUGGCUAAUGUGCCCGAGGGGCUUCUGGCCACUGUCACUGUAUCCUUGACCCUGACAGCCAAGCGUAUGGCACGGAAGAACUGUCUGGUAAAGAAUCUGGAGGCUGUAGAAACCCUGGGCUCCACAUCUACCAUCUGCUCAGACAAGACAGGCACCCUCACCCAGAACCGCAUGACGGUGGCCCACCUGUGGUUUGAUAAGAAAGUGUAUGAAGCUGACACCAGCGAAGAUCAGAUUGGAAAAGAUUUUGCCAGAGGCUCUGAUUCCUGGUUUAUCUUGGCCCAAAUCGCUGGCCUCUGCAACCGGGCUGACUUUAAACCUCGUCAGGAGAGCCUGCCCAUAGCUAAGAAAGCAACAACAGGGGAUGCUUCCGAGUCAGCCCUCCUCAAGUUCAUCGAACAGUCUUAUGGCUCUGUGAAGGAUAUGAGAGAGAAAAACCCCAAGGUGGCAGAGAUUCCUUUUAAUUCUGCCAACAAGUACCAGCUGUCCAUCCACCUCCAAAAGGGCCAACCAGAGCCCUACGUGCUGAUGAUGAAGGGCGCUCCUGAGAGGAUCUUUGAUUUCUGCUCUACUUUCCUGCUGAACGGCCAUGAGUACCCAAUUGACGAUGAAACGAAGAGCGCCUUCGAAAACGCCUACUUAGAACUGGGAGGUCUGGGGGAGCGUGUGCUAGGGUUCUGCUUCUUAAAUCUGCCUAGCAGCUUCUCGGAGGGAUUCCAAUUUGAUACCGUUGAAAUUAACUUUCCCAUGAAAAACCUGUGUUUUGUGGGCCUCAUAUCCAUGAUUGAUCCUCCUCGCACUGCGGUGCCUGAGGCUGUGGACAAGUGUCGCUGUGCAGGGAUUAAGGUGAUCAUGGUAACAGGAGAUCAUCCCAUUACAGCCAAAGCCAUUGCCAAGAAUGUGGGUAUCAUCUCAGAAGACAACGAAACAGCAGAGGACAUUGCUGCCCGGCUUUACAUUCCUGUCAACCAGGUAGAUACUAGGGAUAUUAAAGCCAUCGUGGUGCAUGGCUCAGAUCUGAAGAAUAUGAACUCAGAGCAGCUGGACUACAUCCUCAAAAAUUAUAAAGAGAUUGUGUUUGCUCGGACUUCCCCUCAGCAGAAGCUUAUCAUUGUGGAGGGGUGUCAGAGGCAGGGAGCCAUCGUGGCGGUGACAGGCGAUGGGGUGAACGACUCCCCUGCGCUGAAGAAGGCCGACAUUGGCAUCGCCAUGGGCAUUGCUGGCUCUGAUGUCUCUAAGCAGGCGGCUGACAUGAUUCUAUUGGAUGACAACUUUGCCUCCAUUGUCACAGGCGUGGAAGAGGGUCGUCUCAUCUUUGACAACCUGAAGAAGUCCAUCGCAUACACCCUGACCAGCAACAUCCCUGAGAUCACCCCCUUCCUGCUGUUCAUCAUCUUCAGCAUCCCCCUGCCUCUGGGGACCAUUACCAUCCUCUGCAUUGACCUGGGCACUGACAUGGUCCCUGCCAUCUCCCUGGCUUAUGAGUCAGCCGAAAGUGACAUCAUGAAGAGGCGUCCACGAAACCCGAAGGUUGAUAAUCUGGUAAACAACCGUCUCAUUGGCAUGGCAUAUGGACAGAUUGGAAUGAUCCAAGCUCUGGCUGGUUUCUUCACCUACUUUGUAAUCUUGGCUGAGAAUGGCUUCAUGCCUUUUGAUCUGCCAGGCAUCCGCCUGGACUGGGACAAUAGAUUCUUAAAUGACCUGGAGGACAGCUAUGGACAACAAUGGACCUACGAGCAGCGGAAGGUAGUGGAGUUCACGUGCCACACGGCCUUCUUUGUCAGCAUUGUGGUGGUGCAAUGGGCUGACCUCAUCAUCUGCAAGACUCGCCGCAACUCCGUCUUCCAGCAGGGCAUGAAAAACAAGAUUCUGAUUUUUGGGAUCCUGGAGGAGACAUUCCUAGCAGCUUUCCUGUCCUAUACCCCAGGCAUGAGUGUGGCUCUGCGCAUGUACCCACUCAAGAUAAACUGGUGGUUCUGUGCUGUGCCCUACAGCAUUCUGAUCUUCCUCUAUGAUGAAACCAGAAGACUGAUCAUCCGCCUACAGCCUGGUGGCUGGCUGGAGAGGGAGACAUACUACUAAACUCAGCAGAGGACACGCUCCACAUGACACUAGGGGUCAUGAAAGCCAGAACCAUGACAGCAACAUCUGAGCUGGGGCAGAGACACUAGACCACCUUGGAUGGGAGAGACAGGCAAUCCUAGAGCUGGGCUGAGGGCAUCAUGGGUAGGAGAUGGGAGGGGUUGAGGGGAAGAUCAGCCUGCAUCAGGCUGGAGCCCAUCAUGGAAGGGCAUGGUCCUGAAGAAUCCAGCAGCCAGCCUAGAUGGU